AUGGCAUUCCUGCGAUUCAGAAGGUACCGCGUGUAUGUCUUUGCCGCUGUCUUCUUCCUCUUUCUCGUAUUUCGCCUAUCGAGCAACUCUCAGUUAAACGCCCAUCAUACUACAAUCUACAAGGGCUACUCAGCUCCGCCCGAUGGCGAGUCAAGUGCGGGACGCGGCAGCAGCAGCAGCAGCAGUCAUGACAGUGCAAGAGGCAAUUUCGGCGCGGGCACCCCUGCUCAAGAUGCUCCUCCUUCCCUGGGGUCACCAGAUGUGAGUGCUCCGAAAGUGCCCGCCGAAAAGGAACCCGAGGAGGUGGCUGCGCCCGCACCGCAGUCAAUGCACAUUCCUCAAUUGCACACGAGCCUCGAGAUCAAGGGCUCUUACGGCCUGCCUACGGGUCCUCGAUCGCAAAAACCGACCGCCCCACAGCAAACGGACGUGGCAGCUUCCGCACCGAAGGAGGAUGAUGCUUUCGACUCCAACCGUGUCCACCAAGUGAAUCCCCCAGCUACCCAUCAGGAAACCGCUGUCCCGGUCGUCGCAGACGCCACUGCCAAGGCAAAGCCUAUUCUCUCAACAAGCGUCAUUCACUGGAUGAAGAUGGCCGAGCACUUCCCGAUCCCCGAAGAAUCUCUCAUUCUGCUUCCCACUGGCUCACCAAUGCCUAUCCCCAAGAUCCAGCACAAGUUUGCGGCUGAACCCGACGCCACCCGUGAGAUCCGUGAAUCACGUCUCGCUUCGGUGCGCGGCGAGAUGCAACAUGCGUGGUCCGGCUACCGCACCUAUGCUUGGACCCACGACGAGCUUGCCCCCGUCAGCAAGGGUUUCCGCGAUCCAUUUUGCGGUUGGGCUGCGUCUCUCGUCGAUGCUCUAGACACACUGUGGAUCAUGGGCAUGCACGAUGAGUUUGACGAGGCAUACGAGGCCGUCAAGGAUAUUGAUUUCACAACCACUCCGUUCCGCAGCGAGAUCCCCGUCUUCGAGACCAUCAUCCGUUACCUAGGUGGUCUCAUUGCCGCGUACGACGUUUCGGGUGGUGAAAAGGGCAAAUACCCUGCGCUCCUGUCCAAGGCGGUGGAACUGGCCGAAAUCCUCAUGGGUGUCUUCGACACCCCCAACCGAAUGCCAAUUCUUUACUACCAUUGGAAGCCUGCCUUCUACUCCCAGCCCAAGACUGCUUCCAGCAGUGUCAGUGUGGCCGAGCUCGGUUCCAUGAGCAUGGAGUUCACACGCCUGGCCCAACUGACUGGCCACAGCAAGUACUAUGAUGCCAUUGCCCGCAUCACCGACGCCUUUGAAGAUUGGCAAAACCGCGUCAACGGAACCGCCAUAGCAGGUAUCUUCCCUGAGCAUGUUGAUGCAUCCGGUUGCAACAGGACAGCUGCCGCUAUACAAGAGGCAGAGAAUGCAAGCAAACUAGCAAAGGCCCAAGUGGCUGCUGCCAACGAUAUUGAGAGCGAACCGGUAGGCUACAAACCAAGCCAACCGAAUUCUGAUCCUAUGGUGGCCCAGGACAAGGUGGCGAUUGCAAAGACGAUGCCUCCGGAUCUUGAAUUCCGCGUCAACUCAGCCACGAAGCCAGGUGAGCCGGCGACCGGCGAGUUUCGCAAGGUCGACGACGUCGCCUCCGCAUCAGUUGGUAAACGUGACGUGGGUGACGCGGUGUCCAUGGGGACCGCCCCCAAAGACGCUACGGCACAAGUCGCCGUCGCGCCUGAUGUGGGCAAAACGCCAUCCGGUUCCAAGAUAAUGACGGGUUCCGGCGUGCAGCAUGCCAAUAAACCGGUGUCGGCCCCUAUCGCUGCAAAUGGCAAGGUCGCCAAAUUCGAUUGCAUCCCACAAAACCUGACGGCUGGAGGUUAUGGCAUGCAAACAUACAGCAUGGGUGGUAGCCAAGAUUCCACCUACGAGUACUUUCCAAAGGCCAUGCACGAAAAGGUGGUCGACGCAGUCAAGAAAUAUCUGCUUUACCGUCCGUUAAUAAAGGACGACCGGGACAUCCUGUUCUCGGCAAAGGUGUCUAGUCGGGACGGCACAGACAAAGAUAUGUCCUAUAACUACGAAAUCACACAUUUGACCUGCUUCCUCGGAGGCAUGUUUGCCAUGGGCGGCCGUAUCUUCAACCGGCCGGAGGAUGUCGAGAUUGGCGGCAAGCUGGCCGACGGCUGUGUCUGGGCAUAUGAAGCGAUGCCUAUGGGAAUCAUGCCCGAAGGCUCGAUCAUAACUCCGUGCGCAAACAUGACAAACUGCUCGUGGAACCAAACUGCCUGGUACGAAAAGCUUGACCCCAACAUUGCCUGGCGGACCAAGCAGUUGCUCGAUUACGAAGAGCGUAUGAAGACGUGGGCCAAAGAGAGGGACGAGAUCGAGGAGUUGCAACGAGCGCGCGCCGAGGAGCUUGAGCGUGAGCGACAGGCUACUGCGAAAGAAGCGUUGGCCAACGAACCGUCAUCGCCUGCGGAUGAAGUAGGACUUGCGCCCGGCCCCGAAACUCCCGUUGGCACCGCCAACAUUGGCAAGCGCGCAGUUGGCGGGGCCGACAAAACACCGGUCACGGCGGCAGAUACAGUCGCUAUAAACGAAAAAGAAAAGGUACUUCAGGGUGAUCUAGACCUUAACGCUGAUGCUGCCGCCGUGCCGAAGGCGGCCGCCCCUGCCAAGAAACCACUUCCCGAACUAGUCAUCCCGCCCAUGCCUGUACGCCCUGAAACGCACGAGGAGUUCGUUCAGAAUCGCAUUGAGCGCGACAAUCUCGUCCCUGGCUUUGUCAGCAUGAACGACAGGCGCUACAUUCUUCGGCCCGAGGCAAUCGAGUCGGUGUGGUACAUGUACCGCAUUACGGGCGACCCGUCGUGGCAGGAGAAGGGCUGGCGCAUGUUCCAAGCUGUGAUUCACGCCACGCGGACGGAAUACGGCCACAGCGCCAUCGCCGACGUCUUAACAGAUCCCAAGGACGAACCGGUCCAGGUCGACAAUAUGGAGAGUUUCUGGUUCGCCGAGACGCUCAAGUACUUUUAUCUGUUGUUCGCCACGCCCGAUGUCAUCAGCCUGGACGACUACGUCCUGAACACCGAGGCGCACCCUUUCAAGCGACCGACAUAA